AUGACGUUAGUGGAUGACUGCUUAUAUUUUGACACAGCAAUUAUGAUUUUGAUACAGAGAGAGAAGGACGCAGGAAGUAGGUGUGUGAUUUCUAUGGACUCCAACAGUACAAGCAUCUAUGAUCCUAGGAACCCAGGGCACGUGAAAACCUUCACGUUUGACCUGGCCUAUUGGUCUCACAGUGGCUUUUUAAAGGAUGAGAAUGGCAUGCUCAUCUCAGCGGGAUCUAACAGUUAUGCAGGCCAGAGAGAAGUCUUUCGUGAUCUUGGCCAAGGAGUGCUGCAGAGUGCCUGGCAGGGUUACAAUGCAACUCUUCUAGCAUAUGGCCAGACCGGCUCUGGGAAGAGCUACUCCAUGAUUGGGUAUGGUGCAAACAGAGGGCUGGUUCCCAGUGUGUGUGAAGAGCUCUGCAAAGCAAUCCAAAGUCAGGAAAAGAACAGGCAGUACCAGAUAACUUUCAGCAUGCUGGAAAUCUAUAAUGAACAGAUAAUAGAUUUGCUGUCUAAGACGAGGAAGCCUGGAGGGCUGAAGAUUAGAGAAGACCAGCAGCAAGGUUUUUAUGUGGAUGGUUUGAAGCUGGUGCCUUGUGAUAAUUACGCACAGAUUGAGAGGUUAAUGGAUCAGGGGAAUAAGAUGAGAACAACAGCUACGACCACCAUGAAUGCCUCCAGCAGUCGAUCCCACAUGGUUAUCACGAUCCAAUUCAAACAGAUUUUCCUAGAUGAAGCUAUCACUAAACAGUCAGUUAUCAAUCUGGUGGACCUGGCAGGAAGUGAAAGGCAAAAAUCAUCAGGAUCUGAAAAAGACAGAUUGAAGGAAGGAACACGUGUAAAUCUAAGCCUAACUACAUUAGGGAAUGUCAUCAGUGCUCUGGCUGAGGUAGCAACAGGAAAGAAAGUGCUGCAUAUCCCGUACAGGGACUCAGUGCUGACUAAACUCUUGCAAUCUGCUCUUGGGGGGAACAGCAGGACAAUCAUGAUUGCAGCCUUGAGUCCAGCAGACAUCUGCUAUGAAGAAACUUUGUCAACCUUAAGAUACGCUGAAAGGGCAAAAAAGAUCAGGAACAAAGCAGUGGUAAAUGCAAGCCCUACCAAAAAGCUGAUAAGAGAGCUGAAAGCUGAAAAUAACAAACUAUUGUCCAGAAUGGCUGAGCUCGGGAGCGCAGGGAGAGCGAUAUCUGAUGAAGCACAGCUGCAACUGCUGGCUGAGAGUGAGGGGUGGCCACGGAGCACACAGAUGACAUGGGAGGCUCAGCUGGAAGAGGCCCGGCAGGAGUGGGAGCAGCAGUACUCUGCUAUGACGCAGGCCAGUGUCCCACACACACACAAAAACCAAAACACCCAAAACUGGACCUCUAUGUGUAACAUUAGCUGUUAUUUCAAGCUUUCAGAUUCACCCACUGAAAUAAUAUAUUUCUCAAUUCUUGCACAGGAGAGGUGGAUGAUGGAGAAGUUCCCAUAUCUCCUGAAUAUCAAUGAAGAUCCUCAGCUUUCAUGGGUUCUCAAGCAUUUCAUUCAGGACGGUACUUGUGAUGUUGGUCAAUCAGCCUCAAAUGCUAUAAUCCUAAGAGGUUUGGGCAUUUUGGACAAGCAUGCAACGUUUACAAAUGCUGAUGGCAGAGUUACCCUGGUGCCACGGGAUAAGUGCAAGGUUGUUGUGAAUGGAGUGACCAUCACAGGGGAAACAGAACUGCAGCACUCAGAUCGUGUUAUUUUGGGAUCAAACAGCGCUUACCUCUAUGUCGGACCACCUGCACAAAGAACAGAGGAGGACCUGAGCAGAUAUGACUACGAUUUCUUUCAAUCUGAGUUGGCAGCAGCGGAAGGUUUCGGUAUGGAUAAACUCGGCACUGUGAGCGGUGGGCAGGACAGAGCAGAUCCCAGCGUCCUGGCUGUAUUUCAUGACUACAUCAAGCUGAUGCCGCUGGUGGAGGAGGUGAAUCAGAUGAGCCAGGAGCUGAGGAAGGACCUCAAAUUUGAAUUGAAGGUGAAAAAUCUGGCCUUAUCAGACUCCAGAGGCCAUGACCUACAAAAGGAAAUAACAGUAAAAGUGACACAUGAAACUACACAGCAGGUGUGGGUAUGGUCGAAGGCCAAGUUCAUUAACAGGAAGUUCCUAAUGGAGGAGCUUUACCAGCGCUUUCUGGAAGGGGAGAACCCAGCUGUGAAUCAGGACAGUGAUCCCUUCUGGGACCCGGUGGAAGCUGUCCAUGUGGGAUCUGCACAUGUUUGGCUGCAGGCACUGGCGUACCGCAUGAGGCUGGAGGAACGGGCUGAGCUGCUCAACUCUGAGGGACUGGAAGAGGCUGUCGUUCUGAUAAACCUGUUUCCGUGCUUCAGUGAUGGGAGACUUUUCGGGGAGGACGAGAUGAUCAUUGAUCCGCUGGAGCUGCUGGAAGGAAGGGUUGAUUUCCAGAUUCACAUUGCAGAGUGCCUUGGAGUCAAAUGGCUGCGAGGUGCUGUGGGAAGAGGCAUUCAGAUCGGGUAUAGAGUUUAUGAUCUUCCCCGGUGCUUAUACACAAAGCCUGUCUGGGAAAGCAUCAAUCCGAAGAUAGAAGAAACAGUCCAUUUCUCAGCUCUAAAAGCUUCCUAUGAAUUUCUGAAUUAUUUACAGAAAAAUGCUUUAAUUGUUGAUUUAUGGGGCCUCCAAGAAGGUUGCAUGGAGAUGGACUCCUCACUUGAUGGCCUUUUGCUCACAGCUGAGGGCACCGUUGUGAUUGAUAAUCCCAAAGAUUUGACUGCAAGCCAUGCUGGUCUGGAUGCAGCUAUGGAAGUGCCUGAACUCUACCGGAAACUGCUGCAGAUGGAACAAGAGACAGAGCUGCUGAGGGAGCUCAACAGAGCUUUAAGAGAAGAAAAUGCUCUUCUUAAAGACAAACUGAAGAAAUGGGACGUGGGACAUCGUGAAAAGAAGAAAUCUGAGUCACCUACCAAGGUGAUUAAGGUGAUGAAGCAGUCUGAGUCAUCAAGAGAUGCUGAAGAGACGUGCAGCCAUCGGACCAGCUGUGAUGCAGAACUUGCCAAGGCCCUUAAGACCUUCUAUCAAAACAUGAGUGUAGUCAGACAGCAGUUCCUUCAGCUGAAGCAUUCCAGGCCAUCAGUAAGUCCGUUUAUUGCAAUAGUUUAAGCAUCUGAGGCUGUUCUUCAAUUCUAAAGAAUUUUGUCUUAAAAACUUCAGGAAUGUGAAAAUGAAGGUAUCACAGAGUCGCAGGAUUGUUGAGGUAGUGCUACAGUAGGCUUCCUACUCUGGAGAGAAACUCGUUGUUUCCAUGUGUUUUGAACAGGACCAGAGGUACUGUCUAGGCCUGCAGACUCUGUAGUCUGACUUGCAGGUUAAAACCAAGAGAGCUGAACAAACUCAAAUGGGCAUGUUGCUACAGAACUGUUUGCCUACCAAGGAAGCCGUGCUGUAACCAAGCGUGUUGUGUAUCUACUCAGUGCUUUAGGGCUGUUAUGCUGUCAUCAUCUUGUUCAUAAAGUUGCUUCAGAAUGAUGCAAAUUGGCUCCUCGACCAUGGUUGGCUCACUAUUCAGCAAAUCUUCCAGAUUGCUUGACAACGAAGCUAUUAUUUACUCAAGCUGGCAAGGGAAAUUUAUUGUGUAAUAUUGGCUUUCUCAGCAUGACCUUUUAGCAAGUGUUGUAACUCUUCCUGUUACUUCUCAACAGCCCCAUCUCUUGCCAGUAACACUGUAUUGUUCUGAUUUUUCCUUCUCUGUAUAACCUUCAGUUAUGCAGGGUAAGAAAAUCUCCUAAACUGGUGUAUUAUCUUACGGUUUUCACCACUUAAGGUUUCUCUGCACAGAAACAGAAACACCUAAACAUGAGUUUGCUUUGGCCCAUUAAGUAUUUAGCCUAAAACACAGCUCGGAGUUGGAGAGCCAUCCCAACUUCCAUCAGUCAUUUGAGCAAGCUUGUAUUGAGUACUGUAAAUCUGCAUGCAUAAAGGCAGGCUAGGACAUUUCUCUAGGAAACAUUUGUAACAACUUUUUGGGCCUUUAGACUGUUGUGAACUGUUAUCACCCAGGGCAGAAAGCACCAGUGGCUUAGAACCCUACCUGAGGAAAAAGCUGUUCAUGUGAUUGUAGGGGGGAAGGGAAAGAAAUGAAACGCACAGUAAACCAAUAUGUACUACUUUGCUCAAUGUAAUAUUGUAAGCACAGUAGUUCUGGCAUCUGAGUUAGGAGUGGCAUGAUCUGAACUUUAAUCCAACAACUACUUUAGGCCUUGACAGUAUUAAAGAACACAUAACAUGUUUCUUUUGUUAGUAGCUGAUCAUUAUUGCCUCUUACUGUGGCCUAAUUUGCAGCUUACAGAAUCACAGUGCAUUGUUAGUAUAACAGCUGUGGAGAUGCUGAUCAAAGUUUUUGAUCUCAUACUAGGAGACUUUAAUUAUAGAGCAGACAUGUAUUUCUUCAGAUCUUGGUAUAUUUUUUUUUCUGCAACUGAAGAACAAAAUUGUGUAUCAACAAAGAUAUUAGAUGCUUACAGGCUAUUUAUUUCUAAAACCCGCUGCUCAAUUUUGGGUUGUCUAGGAGCAAGGCUGCUUGAUGGACAUCUCAAGGACAAUACAUGUUGUCAAGUCACAGGAGCUCUUCUGUGCCUACAUUAAAAAUAUAUAGCCACUAGGUUAAAGUUAGCUAUGAAGCUAAUACAUAGCCCUUCAGAUCUAAGUGGCUGGUGUCCAACCUUACUCCUUUAGAUGUUGCUGCCAGGAGACUGAGAGGUGUAAUUCAUCUGGCCUGGAUAAAGAGCAAAGCUGUACUCCCAAGCACAUCCUUUCAGCUGUGGUACAUGCUAUUCUUGGCAAAAUAACAUGUAAUUACGAUCCUAAUUU